GCCCCUUUGGAGACACCAUGUCCAACACCUCCUCCUGUUCCUCCUCGGGGGAAACCAGCCCGGAUGACACACCCCGAGGUGGGGGCACCAUUCGUGUCUACCUCCCCAACAAGCAGCGGACGGUGGUAAAUGUUCGGCCUGGUCAAACUGUCCAUGAUAGUCUAGAUAAAGCUCUAAAAGUCAGAGGCCUCAGCCAGGAUUGCUGUGCUGUCUUUCGCCUUCUUGAAGGCCGGAAGAGACUUACAGAAUGGGACACUGACAUCACACCCCUCGUAGGGGAAGAGCUUCUGGUAGAAGUGCUGGAUGAUGUUCCUCUUACCAUGCACAACUUCGUACGUAAAACAUUCUUUAAAUUAGCUUACUGUGACUUCUGCCACAAGUUCUUGUUCAACGGCUUCAGGUGUCAGACGUGUGGGUAUAAAUUUCACCAGCACUGCAGCAGUAAAGUCCCUACAGUAUGUUUGGAUAUGGACACCGUGACAAAACGGUGUGUUUCUAAUACAGAAGGCUGCCCUUCGAUAUUGAUAUAUCCGGCAACCAAUUCCAUAUCAGAUUCUCCCAGAGGGGAAAUACUGACUUCCACAUCAAGCUACCAAUUGUUCAUGGCAGCAGAGGACGGUCAGUCUCUCCAGAGGCAUCGCUCCACCUCAACACCCAACGUCCACAUGGUCAGCACGCUGGAGCCUGGCGCUGCUGGCCUCAUGGAGGAGCCAUUCAAAAUCAGCACAAUGGGGCAAGAGUCCUCUCCCAAGCCUUCCACUAGCCCACCCCACCUAGGGUCACCAGGAAGAAGACCCCCCAAAUCCCCUUCUGAGCCCAAGGAACGAAAGCAAUCCUCCUCUGAUGAUAAAAAGAAAGUGCACCGGGGAGGUUACAGAGACUCCAGUUACUACUGGGAGGUGCACUCACGGGAGGUGUCCAUGUUAAAGAGGAUUGGAGCAGGGUCUUUUGGGACCGUCUAUAAAGGCAAGUGGCAUGGAGACGUGGCUAUCAAGAUUCUUAAAGUGACAGAGCCCACACCGGAGCAGCUCCAGGCCUUUAAAAAUGAGAUGCAGGUUUUACGAAAAACACGCCAUGUCAACAUUCUGCUGUUCAUGGGCUUCAUGACGAAGCCUAAUUUUGCCAUUAUCACGCAGUGGUGUGAAGGGAGCAGCCUUUACCACCACCUGCAUGUUACUGAGACCAAGUUUGACACGAUGCGCCGUAUUGAUGUUGCUCGCCAGACUGCACAGGGCAUGGAUUAUCUUCACGCCAAGAAUAUCAUUCAUCGGGACUUGAAAUCCAAUAAUAUCUUCCUGCAUGAAGGCUGGACUGUAAAGAUCGGUGACUUUGGGCUGGCCACAGUAAAGUCUCGCUGGAGUGGCUCUCAGCAGGUUGAACAGCCCAGUGGCUCCAUCCUGUGGAUGGCCCCAGAGGUGAUCAGAAUGCAAGACACUAACCCAUACACCUUCCAGUCAGAUGUAUAUGGAUAUGGAGUGGUGCUCUAUGAAUUGAUGUCUGGGACUUUGCCUUAUUCGAAUAUCAACAACCGCGAUCAGAUUAUUUUCAUGGUGGGUCGUGGGUACUUGUCUCCAGACCUCAGUAAAUUAUACAGUAACUGCCCUAAAUCAAUGAAGAGGCUCAUCAUCGACUGUCUGAAAUUCAAACGUGAUGAGCGGCCACUCUUCCCACAGAUCUUGGUGGGCAUUGAGCAGGUCCAGGAUCUGUUGCCAAAAAUCGAGCGGAGUGCCUCUGAGCCCUCUCUACACCGUGCUGUACACGCCGAGGACCUAAACCCGCUUCUUUUUCACACCACACGCCUCAUGCCUCUGUGAGACUGCCGGAGACGAUCCGCUCCUCUCCCAAAAUGCCAUGCAGCAUCAUUCCCAGCAUGGAAUCCAGAGUUCCUCUCAUUUUCCACACAUUCCUGAGAGCACCCUAAUUACUUCAUUGGUCCCACAUAUAGUCGAACACACACAUCAUCACAUUUAUCUACUCGUUCACGUUCCCGCCCUCCUCUUUUCCGUUCCAGCUGCUUCUCUGUAAAGCUGCCUGUAGAGAACGUCAGAUUCUGUCUGGACCAGCUGCUUUUUAAAACAGAAGCAGGAAAUAAACUGUGCUCUCUUAGUACACUUAAUGGAUUUUGAAAUCCAAGCAUCAUAUCAGCAAUGUAUCGGCACAAUCUUAAUAACCUCCUUUUUUGAGGUAUAUUUCAAAAUGUGUUAUGGUUGCUUACGUUUUUACUUUGAGAGGAAAGUAGCAUUUUACUUUAGAACAAGCAAACUAGGAUGGCGAUUUUCUUUUUCUUUUUUUUUUUACUCUCCCUGUUCUCUUUGCUUGAACUUCAUUGGCCAGCAAUAGCACAAUGUGAUGACUUCUAUUUAUCUACAUUAGUCACAGAGACUCUCUGCUCACAGAUUGGUUUGUAGUCAGUUGUUUUAAGUCCAUGAUCAUAAAUAUUAUCAUAUGCUCAUUGCAAUUGUUUUGGUGUAUUUUUAAUUCCGUUAUUUUUCAAAUAGAAAAUAUUGCUUAAACUCUUAACUGGUGUCAGGAUUUGGUUGGAUGUACAUGUGACUUGUUGUGCCCUUAAUAAUUGUCGUGCAUUUCAAAAAACGCCUCUGAUUUGGCUUUACCUUUGGGCUUUCUCUGUAUGUUGGUCAGCUUUAAAUUGUGUAGCUUAAUGAAAUUUCAAGAAAAUGGCACAAAUCCUGUUGGUAUUCUCAAAGCAGUUGUGCACUUCCUGAAUUGAUGGGGAAGGAAGGAUUUACGUUUUUCUUUUAUUGCUUUGAAAUGAGUACAUUUGCUUUCUGGAUUUAUAAAUGAAUGAUUUUUCAUUUUAAAAUGUUGCGUCUUAAAACGGAGUAAAAAUUCACAAACUAAACUAAAAUGGCACAUGAUGACCACAAGCAAGACUGGUAAUUUAGUACUGGCACAUCAUCCCAGUCUGACUUCUGAACUAAUGCAUUGUGUUUGCAUGUGGUGCUGUUAACCGGUCGCCUUUGCCCUUGCUGUUGGGACGUUUGUACAGUAGCUCACACUCGGAGAUACUGAAGAGUUUUUGUUCACAGCUCUACAUUCAGUGUUGAGCGAUAGUUUUGGAGGGUGUUGAUUUUGUUUUGCAUCUUGAAACUUAAGUGUCAUUUUUAAGUGUCUGAAAACAAUGUCCAUAAAUGGCCUUAUGUUUCACAGUCACACAGCAGCUUUAAGGUG